UGCGGGUUAUCAUCUUCGACUCUAAACGGAAGAGUUAGGGUUUCGUGCUCACAAGUUGCAGAGUCAAAUUUCCAAAUUGAACAAUGUCUGAUCACCGCCAUUUCCCGGAGGAACUCCAGAUCGAAAUCCUCAAAAGGCUCCCAGUCAAACCCCUUCUACGCUUCACCGCCGUUUCCAAAUCCUGGUACUUCAUCAUCACCAGCCCCGCCUUCAUCUCCGCCCAUCGCCGCCACCAUAGGAACGGUAACUCCGCCACUAACCUCCUCCUCCGACGUUAUGACAAAUCCUGCAAAGUGGAAAAAUAUUCCGUACUCAACGACACUGACCACCAAUCACUCACCCUCAGUAAUUCCAUCGAACUCAGCUUCCCAAUUUCAUGCGGAAUCGGGUAUUUUCGUACUGUUGGUUUCUAUAAUGGCGUAGUUUGUUUAUCGGAUGAUUAUUUUAAUGAUUGGCAUACUAUAACCCUGUGGAAUCCCAGUAUUCAGAAGCUUAGGACCUUACCUUCUCCCUCUAUCAGGCCAACAUACCCAUUUAGGUUUGUAUUUGGAUUCGGUGCUAGUCAACGAAGUGAGAAUGAUCUUAAGGUGGUGAGAAUUGUGUAUGAAAGGAAAGGUGUUCAUUUGGAUAAAUGCCGAAUCCCGCCUGUGGUCGAGAUCUAUUCUCUCAGCACUGGGCUGUGGAGAAGGAUAGCAGCAACUGGGGUUAACUACUAUAUGGUCGAUUACAUUUGGACUCAGGUUUUUGUCAAUGGAGCUGUACAUUGGAUUGGGUACAAAUUGCUUGAGGAUGAAAGGGUUCAGAGUUUGAUAGCAGUUUUCACCAUGGCUGAUGAGUUGUUUGAUGAGAUUAUGCUCCCAGAUGAAUUGGCUGCGGAGAACCCAUCAAAUUUAUCUAUUAUGGUGUUUGAGGAGCUUGUUGCAGUUGUUAAGUAUAGUAGAGAGCUACAUGGUGGUUCAUGUGAAUUGUGGAUAAUGAAAGAGUAUGGAGUUGUGGAUUCUUGGACUAGGCUGCAUACUAUAGAAUUGGUGGGAGGUAUGGAAAAAAUUGUUGGCUUUAGGAAAAACGGUGAAUUAUUGCUAUGUACUAACAAAAGUGAGCUGGUUUCUUACUGUCCAAAUACUAGAGUCAUUAAUGAUCUUGGCAUUCCUGGAAACAGCCGCUCAUUUUAUGUGGACAAAUAUUUGGAAUCCCUUGUUUUGCUUCAACAGCAAAACCACCUUGUAGAUGGGCGAUAUGAAGAAAUCAGAAAUCUGUGAAUUGAAGACGAGAUAGGCAGGUUAGACUGCACCUGUACACAAUGGCAAAGCAAUUGCAAAACAAGCCCUUCAUAAUGCACUUUUUACAACUCUUUUAAAUCAAAUUGACAUACUAAGAUGCAGCAAUAUAUUGUAUGCUUUAUAAUUUAGAGAUGAAUCUUCCUUGCUCACUCAAAGUAUUUGGUAUUUUGGUUGUGGAUGGAAAAUGUUAGUGAUAUUGUCUUCGAUAUUAAGAUUGAUUUAGUAAUUUGGUGUCAAAAUUUAAAAUUCUUUUUUUUAUUCAA